AAGCACGAGCGCAAUAUCGUUUGUCGCGCUCAGGACGAUGUCUAGAGGGCCCGUUGUACAACAACUCAAGAGAAACAGGAGCAGUUGGAAGGUGAGCAAGAUGAACUAGGCCUAGUACUACGGCGGGAGAGAGCUAGGUCAACUACACCAACAGCUGUUGCUGCACCGGCACCCGUGGUUGUGCACAGUUUUCGCUCCAGGGCGCCCCUCAUCUGCCCACCGGUCACUCCUCUGCGACAGUCAACACUACUGCGUAUUGCGGGCCCUGCAGCAGGAGCACGGUGAAGCCGUUAUUUCCGUCAUCCGGCCGUGACUACAACAGUGCCUCCCUGUUGAUAUUCCAAGAGCCUGCCAAAAAAAACCCGUCUGAGCCAACGGUGCGUGCACGAACUACGACACCGAAAGCAUCAUGUCGACCGAAAACAAGGUCGUGCUGCGAUCAUCCGCUGCAGGUCCAGGGAGCACCCCGAGCUCCGCCACCCCGACGCCCACCUCUGCAACAGCACACCAACAGCUGGGGCGAAGCACGUUUCUGACCGACGAGCGGAUUGGGAGACUCGUUGCGAGCGAACAACAGUUGCGGGAAGAAAAUCGGAAGCUGGUAUAUUUUACCAGUUUCGCGAAGAUGAUUCGGUCAGUAGAUUUGUUUGCAUGUCGUGGUCGUUCUUUCCGGCGCGCAUGACAAAUUAGUACUAGACGACAAGGAAAUGAAAUACUAGGUAGUCUGUGAUGCUGCAUUUUUAGAAAUUCAUGAGUUCCACGUAUUGAAAAACUCCAGUAUGCCGUCUGCGACCAGCUGCAAGCUGAGCAUGAGUGGAUCGUGCGGAAAUUGGAUGCGGAGUGUGCUUAUCACAGCGUUAGAUUUACCCGUUACAGCCACUUCAAUUCAGCCGAAGUUGUGAUGCUAGUUGCUACAAUCAGUGACGAUCUUAGCUGCGCAGAGGAAGACUUAGCAGCAGAAGCAGCAGCAGGUUUUGCAUGACAAGUUGCGGAGCUGCUUCCGGCGGCUUCGUUUUUGUUCCCGUAGUGAAUAUGAAAACAAAACAUCAUUUGUAUAGUGGCAGGCUGGGACGGUGACGGAAGAAUAAGAGAUAGAGAGUCGUUCUUGUAGAUAAAGGUUUUCCUGUGAUACCCUGAAGGUGCAGCAUGUUGAGGAGCUCUACGAGGAGGUGGAACGGCUGCACAAGAAGAUUGACAUUGUAUAUGUAUAAAUUUUUGUUUUCUUCAUUCGUGUUUAUGCAUCACAGAUUUGCUUUUCAUAGGUGGGUCACGCAUCACAAAUUUCAUCGUGAAGUCUUUCUUCUUCUUCAGAUCAAGGCGAGCACUAGCAGCAGCUCUUCUACGAGUAAUGCGAACAACAUCAAGCCAAAUCGAGAACGAGACACCUCGUCAGGACACGAGAGGGAGGAUAACCAGCAGAAGUCUUAUCACGAUGACGAAAGGGACGCACGAUUGGAAGAAUUGGAGCGCGAGGUGACCACGCUACGGGAGCAAUACAUGCCGGCCUCGAAGGUAGAAGAAGAAGCUUUCUGCUUUUCCGAUUUUUUUGCGUCCUCCUGUCAUGCAUAGAGAUGUAACAUGAAACGCACAUCUGGUUCUACAAGCUGUUUUUAUUGUUUCUGGGAUAUUAACAUCGUGCUAAGUAGCAGGAGCAAGAAAUACAAAUUCACAGGAAAUCCUUCUCGUGGCGGAGCACAUGGAGCGGGCAAACUCGAUAUCGAAGGAAAAUAAAGAGAUUGUGUCAAGUGUGCAUGACUAAAGAGGACUAGGAAGCAGCAUGUCGUGUUCUUGCUGGGCGUGCGCGUGAAGCACGAGCAGCGCUUGGCUAUGUUGAUGGACAGAAAAAAAAAACUACGCAUGCGAUUGACACAACAAAAUUUUCCCUUGUGAUUUCUGAAACUGAACGAUUACUCACUGCAACUCGAGUCACGGCUGCAGUUUCUGGAACAGAAGCUGCAAAAGUUGGAAAACAAAUACGAGGACGAACCGCUUGUGCAACUGAGGAAAAUUAUCCGGAGCAUUACUUCUUUUCUCUCCCGCUGCGUGCCGUGUGGUGAAAAGCAUUUGCAAAAACGACGAUCACACCGGAUUAGAAUAACAAGCACGAUGAUCUACUUCACGAGAUCGAUCAUUAUUACAUAAGCUGCUCUUGUUUAUCACAAACUUUAUUCCUGCGACCAACUCCAGCAUGUUGACAGCACAACGGAAUUCACAACGGGCUUCACCUCCAAGUGAAUUGAUGGCAAGUAGACGAAGCUUUUUAUGUCGUGUAUGUAAAAAUAGCUUUCGAGUUGUUCUUGCAAGGCCAUACAUCACCGGCGGAUUCGGAUAAAAGUUUUUGAAGUGCAUAAGUAACUCCGCUGAACAGCUGCAGGAUCUAGCAAGUAACGGAGCUGCAUCUGCAUCGUCUUCUUCCACUUCCUCCAGCAGUGGCCAGCAACCCGGAGGUGGAGGUGGUCACAAUCCCACUACCAUGAUCCCUGCCGACAGCAUGUUCAAUAAGCUUGUGGCCAUGCUGGACACGAAAUACAGCCGACGGAUCGCCAAUAUUCCCUGAAAAUUGAUGACCAUCCCCAUGCAGUUUGUCAUGCAAAACACGGGGGAGGGGAUAAUUGAAUUCCAAUUCUGCUUUUGUCAUGCAAAAAAUGGAUGUUGAGGGUGGCAAAUUUUCGAGGAAUAGCAAAACUCGAGGACGCAGUAGCAUUGGCAGCUCCUACAGCUGCUGGUGGUUCCUCCUCCUCGUCAUCUUCAGCUAGCGCGACGACAUUCGCUCCACCCUCUGGUGCACCACGACCGGCCACAACUUCAUCUACUCCAGCGGUCCGUCCUUCCGAACAGGAGGACGACUUCAUCUGCACCAAGGCAGCAUUGGCGCAGUUCCAGGCUUCCGUCGAGCAGAAAACGCAGCUGCGGAUAAAACAGACCGAGGACUCGUUUAAUGAAAAGUUAGCGGAGUUGCUGCGACGGGUGAAUUAUCCUGUGCAAAAAUAUCGUACUCGAAUUGCAAUCAUGCAUUACAAAUCCCUGUGUUAAGGUAAAUCCGCAUUACACAUUUUAUUUCUCAUGCUGAGGAAAUUUGUAAUGCAUUUAUACGAGUACGAUACUUUUGCAGUUCAUAUGAGCCACUCGCUGCUACAAAUGAUCAAUCGGGACGAGGAGGUCGCUUUUGCGAAAAUCAAGGAGUUGUUGGAUUGCCUGGACGUGAAGUUUUUCACGCUUUGCAACUUCAAUAGUGAAGAUUUCGUGGGUCCAGCAGCGUCUAGUCAUCUCAUUGUCGGUGAUGCAGCAACGCGCGCAGGUGCAGCUAGUGGUGGAGCACAGGAGGCUGCUGGGAGGUCGGAGGGGGAAGAAGAGAAGGGUGAAGAGCCGGUCGAUGCGAAGAACAGAAGAGGAGCAAUGUCAAAGAGGAAUGGCGAGCAAGUCGUUCUUGGAGAUCAAAAAUCCGCUGCGACUUCAACUCGGAAUAGGCCCCAGGAGCUCAUGCCACCUGCGGCAGUAACUACAACCUCGAGCAUUCAGAUCCGGAGUGUGUCUAUGACGUCCUCCUCCAGCAGCCAAAAAACCCCAGCUGGCGGUGGAGAAGCCGAGGCUUUGUUUCCGCAGCACGCCAUAGCGCCUUUACUCGAGGAUGAGGAAUUGUUGUCAACAGUACAUGUAGGAGUACAGGAACAAGAACAGCAGCUUCAACAGGACGGCCACUUACUUCAAGAAUUCGGCGGCUCUUCUGCUGCGCCUCCAAAGAUUAAAUGGCCGCUGCUCCUGGUUACCCAGCACCAACAACUGUCCAGCCAGGUGGAGGGCUGUAGAUCCGAAAUCGAGAAGUGUGUGAAAAAAAUUGAAAUCGCGGAGACCAACAUCAGCCGCGCGCUGAUGAAUUUCAACCGGUCCCUCGCGCUGAACAACCAGCAACUGAAGAACUCGGCGAGGAGCUACACUGCAGCCGCGAACGCGACCUCCAAUGGCAAUGCAGCUCUAACUUCAUCUUCCGCGCGGAGGUCUAGCGACGGUGUUGGCGGCAAUUUCUACGAAGAAAGAGGUUCUUCAUCAUCGCGACAGGAACUACACGUCGAUAUUGAGCCGCAUCAAGCGCUACGAAUGACGCCAACCCUCCCUCCGCCCCUUCCAGCGGCAGCGGGAUCUGCAAAUAAAUUGAGUACGACCUCCGCGGACUACAUCAACUACGCAAAUCUGAACCCAAGUCUAACCAUGACGCCACCACUGCCUCCCUCAAAUCUUUACCAGGCGGGUGGUGGAAGUACUAGAGCAUCGGGAGGACUAGGAGGUUCUUCUUCCUCCUCCGCCCGGACUGUGGGAGCGAAAAAUCCGGGACUUCCGACGAGAAACCUCUACACGGGGGAAAAAUUGCAGCAACACCACCCGAAUUAUCCGGCGCAAACGUCGCAAUACAACCAGUUAAACAACCAGGCCGGCACCCUGGUCAACAUGAAUGACUUUUCCACCCCGACAAUGAACCAAAAUCACGUCAGCGGGCGGGGACGCUACUAGCGGUGGAUCAUGAAAAGUCGGAAGAGCAGGAGGACGACUUCUGGGUGCUGGGAUGACGCUCGCGCUCGUAGGCGUUGCGUCGGCGGGAAGAGCUAGUUCCUUAUUCACAAUCAUUAUUGCGACCAGUAGCUUGUUGUUGACUAGACGCAUUUGUAAGGAUGAGAAUCGCUUCAAUUCAGUGGUUAAUUAUGUGGCUGAGCCCCGUUGUGAAGAUGCGCAUCUGAUCGAAGGUCUUCUUCUCAUUCAUGCUGAAGUUGCGUCAUGAUCUUUUUCCUACAGGCCAGCAGCUCUUUGUUUUUAGUCUUCACGUCGCAGGACUACUACGAGUUACAAGAACCCGGACGGGCGGCGGGCGAGUAACCCAGAUAGCUGGACUCGGAUUCCACCGUCAUUUCCCUCCGAAGGACAUCUGAGCUAUCGCCCCGGGUUUGUUUUGAACAUUUCAUGUGACAUUUCCCCGUAAUAAAAAUAAAAAUUUGAAAUUCCGCGGUUUGUGGUUGAUUUUGAGAUUUCGCUUUGUUGCUUUGGAACAUUAUGCAUCAAAUUCCCGAGUCACUAAAUCUGCGGGUGUGUGGGUUCUCUUCUCCACGCCAGUGUCGCGCGCCUUUGAUGUGCGGGGUGGCCGAUAAAAAACAAAAUUUUGAAUUUUCGCGGAUCCGCGGUUUCAAUAAAAAUAAAAAUUUGAAAUUUCGCGGCUUCUCUCGUUUGGCUGACGUUGUGCGCUGACUGUUUCUCGCUUACUUGUUUUCAUCGGGCGGAGGGCACGGUAUGGGGCGGUGGUGGAACAAUCUUUGUGGUUACCGCGCAAGAGGUGGCGAUCGGUGGUUGCCGCGGCGGCUUGCUUUUUACUUGCUGACCCUUUUACUUUUUGAAAAGAAAUCAUCCGGCUCGUCCAGGAGGGAAUGCAGAAUGGAAAAUGUCAGACGAGCAUCAACAACAGCUGAAGAAGAGUAAAGUAGUUGUAGUAGAAGUAGGAGCCGAGGAAGAACAAGGUGCUAGCAGCUAUAGCUUAGAGAUGAAACGGAUCAACAUAGUGAUAGUGACCAUCAGACCAUAUGGUAAUGAUUUUUUGUAAAAUGAUCGAUCAAUGUGACUUUUAAGACUUAUUUUAACCAGAAAUAGCGAUUCAUGCAAACGCAAUAUGUCUACUUUAGUCUGAGCCAGAGUUUCAAUUUCGUGUCAUCUACUUCAGGGCAAGUCUGCGCCCAUUGCUUGGACGGGCUCAUAGGGUCAAAAUGACACUACGAAGUUUCGCAAAGGUAGUUUCUCAAAUGUUUUCACAGAUGAAAAAAGGACACCUUCUUCUUCUUCUUUCACAGGAGAGGAUAAAAAGAGAACAUAGAAAAAUGCGUUGUCUGGGAUUCUUUUUUUAUCUGGCACCAAGCAGUUUUUUUCUCGGUUUC